AUGUGGCGUCCGCUCAAGAUGGUCACCGUCGCGCUCUGCGCUCAGGUCUCCGCCAGCCAGGUCCUGAUCCAGGUAAAGAAGGGGACCAUUCCAAGCCAUAACUUCAAACCAGGAGGGUUCGACUCCACACUACAGGAAAACACGAAGGCCGACGGUUCCACAGAACCUGAGCACGCUAUCUCCCUCGUCGAGAACGGGCAGCAUUCCACGGUUGCUACCGAUCGAGGCGGUCUUCAAACCCAUCGGCAGCUAGACUUGGUGUUUUGCAUCCUAGUCGUAGUUAUUUUCGUCGCCACUGCCCCGCGCGCGUAUAGGAGGGUCUUGCAGGAUGGCACCGAGGAAAUGGUGAUCGCCGUUGACAUGACCAUCACCGACCCCGUCAACGGAGCGAUCACAUACCCAGUAGAGUUCAGUGUUGCUGGUGACGGUCUGGGCACGGCGGAAAUCCCUCUCACGCUCAGCUCUCAGAUCAACGACGAUGACACCGGUCUUUGCGACGAGUGCACACUGAGCUUCGUCGCCGGCGAUUGUCUGUCCGGUCCAUGCGAUACCUACGACAAGGAUACCACGAACGACAACAUGGAGAUCGUUUCCUCGACUGAUCUCGCCUUCGAGGGGCUGCAGAUGCAUGGCGAGGCCGGAGGGAUGCUGGGUGACACGUCCAAAUUCGCCUUGGACAACAACGGCGUGCCCAUCACCAGUGGCAUGGGCGCCCUGCACGGACCGGUGAAGAACUACCGUGUGUCUGGACCCCUCGGGGUCGACUUUGAACAGCUGCGCAAGUAG